UUAUCAUACGAUCAAAAUCAUAUCGCGACUAAACCGUAGAGCAAACAUUUGAUUUACAAACCUUGCCUUUUCAAUAAUUUAUUAUGUUGUUGUUGACUUUUUCUUUAAUUAUCUCUACUUUGGGUAAAGUCCACUGUGGUAUUUUAUACCCUCGCGCUUCGGAAAGUCGCGAAUUGGUCAGUUUGGACGGUUUGUGGAAUUUUGCCUUAGCUAACUUUUCCAAUUCCGUUCAAAACUGGCAAGAGGUGAAUUUCAAAGGGCAAAAAAUGCCAGUACCGUCAAGUUAUAACGAUGUAGGUACCGAUAAAACAGUCAGAGAUCAUGUGGGACUGGCAUGGUACCAAAGAAAAUUUUUUGUACCCAAAUCUUGGAAGGAUCAGAAGGUUUGGAUACGGUUUUCUUCUGUGUGUAGAGGGGCAGAAGUUUCAAUUAAUGACAGAAUGGUGGCAAAUCACGAUUUUGGCCAUUUGCCCUUUCAAGCCGAAAUCUCGUCUGUGGUUAAGUUUGGUGCCCAGAAUACGGUUGAAGUUGGUGUUGACAAUAUACUGGUAGCAACUACUAUUCCGCAAGGAACUUUGGAAGCCCAGCCUAGUGGAGGGAUCAAGCAAAAUUAUACUUUUGAUUUUUUCAACUAUGCCGGGAUUGACCGUCCUGUGGUCCUCUACACCACUCCAACAACUUACAUUGACGAUAUAACAGUCAUUAGUGACAUUGAUGGUACUAAUGGUUUCAUCAAUUAUUCGGUUGUGGUCGAAGGUUCGGAUAAAGUGACCACGAAAGUGUCCCUUUUUGACCAAACUGGCGAAGAAGUCGCUUCAGACACUGUCCUAACCGGCACUUUAUUCGUCCAAAACGCCACGUUUUGGUGGCCUUAUUUAAUGGACUCAAACCCCGGUUAUUUGUACUCGCUUCAAGUCCAACUUUUGGACUCUUCGGACAAUUUGGUCGACACUUAUACUUUACCAGUGGGGAUUCGUGUCAUUUCGUGGGACUCCAAAAGUGUGACAAUAAACAAAAAACCGAUUUAUUUGCGCGGGUUUGGCCGCCAAGAAGACUCCGAUUUUAGAGGAAAUGGCUUGGAUUUACCCUUAAUUAUCAGAGAUUAUGACUUGAUAAAGUGGGUCGGUGCUAAUGCUUUUCUCACCUCGCAUUAUCCAUACGCUGAGGAAAUUAUGGACCUGGCCGACGAGUUAGGAAUCAUGGUCAUUAAUGAAAGUCCAGCCGUAAAUACGGAAAAAUUCUCCGACCAGUUGUUGGAAAAUCACAAGAAAUCUCUAACUGAACUGAUUCAAAGAGACAAAAACCGGCCAAGUGUUAUCAUUUGGUCAGCAGCCAACGAACCUAGGACUCAAUACAAUGCUUCAGAAGCGUACUUCAAAGAGGUAGUGGCCCAUAUUAAAAGUUUGGACACCACAAGGCCUGUAACUGUGGUCAAUAACCAACUACCAGGUUCGGAAUAUUCGGGUCAAUUUAUUGACAUUGUCGCGUGUAAUAUUUACUACGGAUGGUUUUCAACUGCUGGUGAUAUUGAUAUUAUCACAGCAAAAGUAAAAGAAGUUGUAACAAAGUGGAAUAAAGUUCACAAUAUUCCAGUCAUUGUCACGGAAUACGGAGCAGAUACUCAAGAAGGACUACAUUUGUUACCGGCAUAUUCCUGGUCUGAGGAGUACCAGAACGCUGUGCUAUCCCAGCACUUCCAAGCGUUUGAUCAAAUGAGAGAGGAAGGUUUCCUGAUUGGUGAAAUGGUUUGGAAUUUUGCUGAUAUUAAAACCACCCAAGGCAUUACCAGAGUUGGUGGUAACAAAAAAGGGAUUUUUACGCGAAAUCGCCAACCUAAAGCCAGUGCUCAUCUCUUGAGGAAACGGUACUGGGCCUUAGCCCAAAGUUUGGACAAUGCGGACGUUCCGGACGAUCUUAACGACUAUGUAAUUAACACCGUAAAAAUUGUAAAAAAUGAAUUGUGAUUAAAUUAUUGCCAAUUAAAAAUUUUACAUUCUA